GAUGACGUCGUUCAACUGCCAUGCCUCAGCUUAUAAACCUCUGGUUGCCAGCACGUUUCCAGUACACUGACAAUUACACUUCCAUCUGAUCAUCCGUUCCAAGAACUACCCUCGAUUGCCUACCACCACAACCACUACUACUUACUAUACAUACACCUCAACAUACACCUCAUACAUUCCACCAUGUCUUUCAUCGCUCGCAUCGCCCCUGUUGCCCGCACCGCCUCGGCGGCCCUCAAGCCCACUGCUCCCUCCAUCUCCAUCGGAGCCACUCGCGCUCUCUCCUCCAGCGCCUGCCUGAACAAGGGUCCCGUUGAAUCCGCCAAGGACACUCUCAAGGCCGCCGAUCGCACUGUCUCCGAUGCUGCGGUGAAGGGUAUCGAGGUUGGAGAGACCGCCGCCGAGAAGCUCAAGGGUACCGUGGGCGCUGCCACCGGCCAGGCUCAGGCCAAGACCGGAGAACUGCAGGGUGACGCUGCUGAGUUGGCCGGCAAGGGCAAGGGUAAGGCCGAGGAGGCUUUGGGUCAGGCCAAGGGCGCUGCUGGCCAGGCCAAGGGCAAGACGGACGAGCUCCUGGGUGAGGCCAAGGGCAAGGCUAAGGAAACUGCUGGUCGGUUCUAGAUGAGAGCAUCCUCUUCUUGAUUUGAUUUUCAUGCGUGUGAUUUCUUUCUUUUUUAUUCCGUGACAACCAACCACUUUCACUGGAUGAUGUGAUGAAGAUAACGCUAGCUAUCAUGUGGGCCUUGUGAUUGUAUUAUUAUUAUUCUAAUGAGAUAAAAGGGAAGAUUUUCUUCAUG